CAUAUGUUUAGCUUCGCAACGCAUACCGAUGGUGUGUAGACUAACCCCUACCUGCUCAUCAGAACAUGAUGGUGAGGAAGUUCCUAAAACCAGUCAUUCAAGAUGGAGACUUUUACUGAUGAUGAAAAUGGCCAAGGUGGAGACUUUCAGAGUGGAGAAAAACUUGUUUUUGACAUCAACGAUUUAGAUGAAACCCCAAAUGAUACAUCAAGCAAAGCAAGUGAGGACGAUCCUGGCUUAUUGAAGGAAGAAGAAGAAGAUGCUGAUGAGAAUAAAGAAGAGGAGAAGACUUUGAAACUUCCUGAGAGCGAUGGCGAUGUAGAUGCAUCUGUACAGAUUGUUACAUCCCUCGUAGAAGACAUUGAUGUCAAUAGUGAGUACAUGUACAAUAAUUGGUACACCGGUAGUGGAAAGUCAGAAGAUGGAAGGAGUGACGAGGAUGCAAGGAGCAACACAGUGACGUUGGAGGAAGAUGGACAGACACUGGUUUCUGAUCAGGCACCAAGCGAGCAUAAAGGUUCAAGGAAAAAUUCUACACAGGAAGAGUUGGAAUUGGAGGAAAAGGAGGAGAUGGCUGAAAAAGAGGAUAAUGUCGAUGGAGCUGAUAUCCCUGUUAGAGUGGACACUGUAAAUGAAAUUGAACAUGUAGAAGAGUCUUUGGAAAUAAGUUCUCCACCUGAUGGCCGCAGUGACAUUGCGUCCCGUGAUAGAUCAGAUAAUUCUAGCGUACGCCUUGUUGAUGGCUUGCUCAAGAGUGCCAAUGCAGAUGUUGGUGAUCACAAGUAUAAAAAAGCAGUUUUAAAGUAUGAGGAGGCACUGGCUAUGGCCACCGAGGUGAACGACAAGUUCCUGAUCCAGUCUUGUGCGUGUAAUCUUGGUGCUGUUCUGGUGAUCCUUGGGCAAGCUGAGAGAGCUGUGGAGAUCCUCCACCAACAGCUUGAGAAUGAUCUUGAAAGGACAAAUGGCAUGGACACAAAUGCCCUAGCUGAUAUCUACUACAAUCUAGGAUUGGCGUACGAUGCCAAGGGAGACUCUGGGAGGGCAAUAAAAUGCUUUAAGUGGGCUGUCGUUGAGUUCGACAAAUGGAAGAACGACAAGGGUAAGGCGGAUGCGUACAAUCAAAUGGCUGAGCUGGAAGCCAAGCAAGGUAACUUGGACAAAGCCAGAAAGAAUUACAGCAAGGCAGCAGAGUUUUACGCUCAAGUUGGGAAUGGACUUAUGAAGGCCAGGAUGCUAGUGAAGGAAGCUCGGAUGCUCAAUUCUCUUGUUGAUACUGAAAACUUUCACAGAGUUGUAGCUAUCUGUGAGAAAGCAAGUGCAGAGGUACUCAAGCAGAACACUUCUAAAGGUAACACGAUCACCAAGGAGGCCAAACUCUUCCACGACAUGGCCGUGCUCUGCAAGAAGCUCGGAAACACAGACGAGGCCCUGAGAUGGCUGGAGGAGGCCUGGAAGAGAUGCAGGGGUACCUCAGGCACCCACCCCAGCCGGGAGGACGUUCGUCUGCAGGCAGCGGUGGCUCAGAGUCUGGCUAGGAUGUACCUUCACUCCUAUGAUCUGAUCAGUGCUGUAGAGAUCUACCAAGAAGCAGCAUCCUUGCAUGGUUUGUUGGAGAACUAUGCCGAGAGAGGUUGGUGCUUCUAUCAUAUGGGUGAAGCCUACAGACAGCUGUGUGAUUACUCUAGUGCUGAGCGCAGCUACCAUGUAGCACAUCAAACACUCACUGAUGCAGGUGACACCGACCAUCUGUGGAAGAUAUCUGACGCACUGGGCGAUCUGAACGUCUCCAGGAACCACCCAGAUAUCGCAACCAUGUACUACAGGGAAGCCCUGGCUAAAGACGCACCCAUUCGCAGCAGGACCAAGUCUUCCACUGAAAAGAUUAUCAAGAAGCUCACAAAGGCUUUAGAGAGUCAGAAGAGCAAUCGGCUCAGCUCGUACGAGACGCGGCAGAAACGAGUGCCGAUCGUUGUAGGCUAUGACCCGCAAGGGAUUUCCAUCAAUCAAACAUCACAAACCAUUCUCGAUGGUGGCGCGUACUCAUCCCCACAGUCUGUAUUCAAGGGAGUGAGGGAUAGAUACCCACCUGUUACAUCGACCCCUAAUGGUGCUUCAGCUGCUGUGUCAAAGGUCACCCCACGGAUGAGGUCACCGUCAAGAAAGAAGAAAGGCAAGCGGAAGGAUCAGUCCCUCCUCCCAGUUACCAGAGGGGUUGCAGGUUAUAAUAGCGGGUCAGACCUGUCUCUUGUCAACGGCAGUGUGGCUUCCCUUGUCAGGGAAGCAUACAUAAUUAAAAUGGAGAGCACAGGAAGAUCAAGACGCAAGGGCAAGCAAUCUGUUGCUCCAGAUCAUUCGAGUAGCGAGGAGGAGGAUGACCAGGAAGAGAAGAGUGACGGCAGCGAGAGUGAAGAAGAGGAGGAGAAAGAGAACCAGAGCAGCGAUUCUGGCUUUAAGAACAUGUGGCAGAGGGCCAAGGAUCUUGUGUCAAGACUUCAGUCGGAUUCUGGGGAUUCUGAGCUCAGCAGCAGCUUGGAGGAAGACGAAGGGAUACAGUCCAAGGAGUCGGUCAAGUACCGAUUGGACAACAUGUACAUGGAUCCAAGUCGACUUGGAGACAGCCAUCUGUAUGCAACUCUCAACAGGAAAGGAGCGACUCAAAAGUCCAGCAACGAAGAGCCUAUCUACGAGACCCUUCCUAAUGGGACCACCAAGACCGGGUUUGGUGCUAGCAUGCCCACCAGGAAUCCCCCACCCCCAGCGGUCCCAAUCAAGACCCACCCCUCCCUCAACAAGAAGAAGAAGAAGAAAGGCGACAUCAACAGACCAUCGACAUCGUACGACGAGGACGACGAUGAUUCAUUCACCUCGGUGACAGAGGAUGAGCUGGAGGAUUUGGAUAAUACAACAAACUUCGAACGCAAAUCCAACUAUCCUACUGUAGCUAGGAUGACUAGAGGUGGAUUGGAGGCAGGUUUAUGGGAGAUUCAAAAGCUUGAACAGGAACGCGAGGGGAUCCGAUUAUCCAACGCAUCUUCACUCAAAUCUCCUGAACCUAGGAAGCCAUCAUCAAAGGUCUGUAGCAUCAUGUAAACGUGGGAGUAUACCAUCAGAAUGAGCUCAAGUUGACUUGAUCUUGGCCAAUAUUCAAUUCAAUGCCUGAAUAAUGUCUGUAUUUAACUUUCAUACCAUUUAGCUUAGCUAAAAAAAAAAAAGCUUGAGACUUGUUCAGAUCACAUCUAAGUAUUUGAUUGAAGUAAAGCAGACUGUAAGCCAGAAUUUUUACCGAUGACCAUUGUGACAUCACAUUGCCAAUCCAAAUUCAUGCGCAAUUAAUGCAUCACAUUAAAUGCGCACUGAUAUGGCUGGGCAUAGCUUAUGAUGACUUGUGUAUGGAAAUCAUAUCCCUGCCUAUCAAGGCCUUCAAAGUAAUUGCCCCAAGUCUGCGAGGUACAAAGUUUGCGAUCAAUUGCAAGAUAUCAAUGGCCAAUCAAGAUUCUGGUUGCAUGAACAUAUUGUUCAAAAGGCUGACCAUUAACCAAUCAGAAUCGUCAUUUCAAAUUUGUAAUUGUACCGUCGUGAAUGAAGUCUAUCAUAUCGAAAAACUCAACCAUGUUUUAUU